CAAAUACAUAUAACGACCACUUGUGUAGAAUAGGUUUUCGAGAUCAUAUGGAAUAGACAGCCACUUUUUACAUUGUUCUUUAUUUUGUAUUGGCUGUGAUUAUAAAUACAAAUCACGCAAUAAUGAAUAUAUGAAAGAAAUAUAAUCGCGAUUUUUCUCAGAAUUUUCAUGAUUACAUCAUCAGCUUUUUUAUAACUUUCAUCCGAAACAUCCUUCCGUAUUUUUCAUUUUGUGUUUUGAGAUAUUUAACUCGUCGCAUCUGGGCACUCUGUAAAUAGCAAGUUAUUACAUAUUCGUUUCCACGCGUAUGUAAAUACGCGUUACUUGCCACGGGACGUCUCAAGUGGCCGCUGAUUGGUAGGGGCCAGAGUCUGAAAUCCUUCUUAUAACGGAAAAGUAUUCCGCGCGCAGUUACUUUGCACCACGGUAAUACGAGUGAUGAAUUAUUGGUCAGGAAAAGUCGCAAUUGUGACCGGCGCGAGCAGAGGAAUUGGUCUCGCGAUAUCGAAAGAAUUGGCUAAAUAUGGCAUUAACGUGAUUGGUUUAGCAAGAAGUAUGGAUAAGCUCCUGGAAGCUGCCGCACUAAUUGCAGAGCAUACAUUUUUUCCGAUCCAGUGCGAUAUAACGGAAGAAGAACAAAUACUUAGUGCGAUCAAAUGGAUCGAGGAAAAGUUUGGUGGCGUUGACAUUCUAGUGAAUAAUGCUGGCCUCUUCAGUUUCUCAUAUGUCAUGGGUAAAAUAUUUAUUGAUAUCAACCUAUGAUGCUUUACGAACAUGCUUGUAUUUGCAUUUUCUUUUUCUGUAAUCUUUUUUCUUCUCAAAUAUUGCCAGUAAUCAU